AUGGUAGCGAAUGAUGGAGCUACACCAGGCUAUAUCCCCGGACUAUUGGCACCUGGUACAUGGAACGUGAUACUUGGAGUCUACCAAGUGAAAACAACCGAAUCAUCGUACACAAUCGAAAUAACCUUGGACACCAAACAACGACAAGAGUUCCAGCCCUGUCCUGCGCCAACUAGAGCUCACUAUAGUACAUCGCUGCGACGGUUACCUGGUUAUAGCCCCAGCUUCCAAUGGCUAAAGGGCGACUUUCACGUACAUUCAGUAUACUCUGAUGGGAAGCUCGACUUGAGCAGCUUAAUUGACAAGGCGCUCAAGAGGAACCUCGACUUCAUAUUCUCGACAGAGCACAACACCAACAGCGCAAACCUCGUGUGUGGCUCCCACAGCCCAGAGGGAUUCCUAGUAGGCCGAGGAAUUGAAGUCACAACUUACAAGGGCCACUGGAACGCCAUAGGCCUUUUACCGCAUCAAAUGAUUGAUCCGGUCAUCCAUGAUUCAACGAACGUGGACGCAAGCUUGACGCAAGCUGUAAGAGAGGUGCACAAGUCCGAUGGAUUUGCCAUCAUCAAUCAUCCAUUUGCAGAGUGUCGCUGCUGCGCUUGGGACUUUACUUUUCACAACGACAUGGAUGCAAUUGAAGUCUGGAAUGGGCCCUGGAAAAGACAUCCCGACGACGAGUCGAAUGAGAAAGCGGUACAAAAAUGGGACGAGUUGCUGCGAUGCGGUAACAUAUUUCCUGCAACAGGGGGCAGUGACCUUCACGAGCCGCAGUUUGAGAUUGGCGAACCAGUGACGAGGGUGUUGGCUGACGAGAAUUCUGUGACUUCUAUUAUUCGUGGGUUGAGAGAUCGUCGGGUCUAUCUCACGCGGCAUCCGAGUUAUGAGAUUGCGUUUACGGUGCGUCAUGGUGAGAAGGUUGCUGAUAUCGGGGGGUGGGUGGAAGCGACUGGGUUGGUGAAAGCAGUAGUUUGUCUGAAGGGGUUUCCGGGGGGUGAGAUUCGGUUGAUUAGUGAGGCGGGGAUUGUUUGUAGGACGAGUGAGUCUUGGUUGGAGAUGGAGGUGAUGGGGCGGUAUUUGAGGGUUGAGGUGAGGGAUGGGAGUGGUGAGAUGUUGGGACUUACGAAUCCGAUUUGGGUUCUGGGGCCAAAGGAAUAA